AUGUUGAAUCCAUCAGAUCAAUUUAUUGAUGAUUUUUUAAAUGGAUCAGGCAAUCUUCACGAUUUAGCACUUUUCGAUCCUUUGGAUCCCGAAUUAGCUAUACCGAUCAGUCCUUCUCUUGUUCCAUUUGACACCAAUAUGGAAACUCUAUCAUCUCUUUCAUCAGGAAUUGGUUCUGAUUCAAAUGAUCAGGAAUCGUGGAAUAAUUUUGCUUUACCAACAAAUAUGCAAUCAAAUAGGCCACGUCUAAAAAUCAUAGCUCAACCAUAUUCUGGUGGAAAAUUACGCUAUCGUUCUGAAUUUGACAAGAAUAAAAGUCGUUUAGGUGUUCUAAAAAAUCGAAAUGAAGAGUCAAAUUAUAAAGGUCCUGCGAUUCUUAUUCCAGAAGAUUAUCGAAAACCAAAUGAUAAAUAUUAUAUUCGCGUUUCUCUUGUCACGGUUGAAUAUAAAAAAACAAAUCUACAUUAUUUUCAUCCAUAUGAACUUGAACAUCCUUUGAAUAAGGAAAUUAAUGAUAGAGGUCAUAAUUGCGUUUGGGUUCCAAUUCAAGAAGAAGAUUGUCUUUCGGGUACUAAAAGUUUUCCAUAUUUACGUAUCGUAAAAACACGAGCUUGUCAUUUACAAACUUCUACAAGUUUACGUCCAUUUGAUUGUGAUAAUCAAGAUUUACAAAAUCAAUCACUUGUACAAUUUUCUUGUCCAAAAGACAUAAUUAAUGAAUAUAAUCUCAAUAAAAGUCAAUUAGCAUUUACUGUUGCAAAAGAAGUAACUAUUGAUGGUCGAUCUAUGAUGGAACUUUAUUCAGAUACAACUGUUUAUUCCGAAGAAAUAGUUGAUGGUGUUGAUAUAGAAUCACCUGUUGACGAUGUUAUAGAAUCAACUUUUGACAAUGUUAUACAAUCAACAACUCCAACAACAAAUUCAUUGAUUUCUAAUUGUCGUGUAUAUAAAUAUGCGCCUAAAUCUGGUUUUGAUACAAGUAAUGAAGACAUGCUUAUUCUUUUAACAAAUAAACUUGAACCAAAAAAAUAUGGAAGAUUAGAAAUUACAUUUGAAUGUAAUCUACCAAAUCAUCAUUGGUCACAAUCAAUUGAUAAUAUUGAUACUAAAGAUCGAACAAUAUCAUUUAAAACACCAAAAUUUCCAUAUCAAUUCGAGAUCGUACAACCAGUUGAUGUCAUAUUGAAACAAACUAAUCGUACUUUAGGAACAUUAAAAUAUUACUAUAUGUCAACAUUAACUCCAUGUUCAAGAUGUCAAUCAUAUGUUGUUGAAAAUCGAACUGAUUCAGUACCAAAUGUACCAAACAAACGUCUAUUUUCUACAAUUGGUAUAGAUGACUCCGUAUCUGAUACUUUCCAAUUAUUGCACAUUGAUUCAACUAAAGAUGCCAAUAAAAACCUGAUAGAUACGAUUCAUGAUGCUGUUGAAUCAUUAUUUCUAAACAAUGAUUAUACUUUAUUUCUACGUUUAUGUCGUCCAUUCAUUAAGAAACGUCCAAAAUUACUUCAUGAUGCUUUGGAUAAUAAUUAUUCUGAUCUUUUAUUAAAAUUUAUUCCAAUUGCUUCAAUUGAUAUUCUUCAGCAAACAAAUGAACUUGGUGAAACUAUUCUUUUACAUGCUUUACGUCUCAAUCAGAUAGAAAUUAUUCAAACUUUAUUACAACGAAAUAAAUCAGAAGAACUUAUUCAAUAUAUUGAUGACAAAAGAAAUAAUAUUUUUCAUUUAAUUGCAUCACAUUCAAUUUCAUUAGAAAUACUUGAUUUAUUAAUUAAUUAUCUUCAUGAAAAAUUAAUUUCUAUUAAAGAAAAAUUUGAUCAUUUUAAUCAAGAUUAUCAAACACCAUUACAAAUAGCUAUUUCAAAAAAUAAUCUAUUACUUACAAAAUCUCUUUUGCAAUAUUCUAAUACUAAUAUACACGAAAUAAAGAAUCGUACAGGUGAUAAUCUUAUUCAUCUUGCAGUUCGUUAUGGAGAUUUAGCAAUGAUUAAAUAUUUAAUUGAAGAUGGUAAAUUAAUUAAACAAGGUAAUCAAUCCAAUUUAACAAUGACACCAACUGAAUUAGCUCAAUCACUUAAACAUGAUGACAUACUGAAAUAUUUAAAUGAAAUAUAUCCUCAGGAAGAAAUUGAUGAUGAUUCAAGUUCAGAUGAUAAUUAA